ACCUGCUGGGGCCAUGUGACCUCUCGUCCAUCCACUUUUAUAAUAAUCCUCAUUUUUUGCUUGAAAUUUCUCUGGUAUGUUGGGGUCGGGUUGGAAACUCGACUUUGAUCUUUCCGCCUGCAUAUCCACAGCUGUUAAUUUCUCCUUGGAUAAAUGCUCUGCAACCCAUAGUGGAAUCUUCCUAGCCGUGUCAUAAGCUAUCACAUGAUUUUUAUAAUGCAACAUUUCUGGGAACCUAUGGGGCUGACCAAAUUUAAAAACUUCAUGAUUCAUGACCGCAUCAACUUUUUUACCGCUUUGCCCACUUAUCAGCCGUUCACUUUUCCCAACUUUCAGGUUUUCAUGCGAAGCACAUAUUUCAUCAAUUUUUUUCUUGUUUUGACGAAAGAUAAAUGAUCCGGAGUCUUCAUCUGUGUUAAUGCUUUCAUAAUAUAUCUUCACUGUACUACCACCUAGAAAAAAUCCUGUUAAAAUGUCGAAAAAUGCGCGAUACUUUCCGCUCAUUUUAACUUUAUUUCAUUCCUUUACUUCAAUUUUUUAAAAUUUUUCAUUCACCUUCACCUGCGAACAGGCUACACUGAUCUCGUAUAGAUGCUGGACAGCGCAACCAUUUGAAGACAGAAAACGUUAUUUUUUUUUCCUUUUUAUUAAAACGUCUUCGGGCUUUAAGUAAUAAGCGUCGUUAAACUACAUUAUUUUGGCAUUAAAAUAAAAGCAGCUUCAUAAAUAUCUACCAUAAUAUGUUAGAAAUGAGUUAAUUUCUUAACAAAAUAUCUACUCUAUCCAGUGUAUAGUAUAUAGCUCAGAGGGAAACAGAGCCUGCAAUUUCCAGCGGCUUGUACUAAAUCUCGUAUACUUCAUGUCAGAGUAAGAUAUAUUGUACUCGCGUUUUAAUACUUUGAUGCAAAAGUUUUUGCAAAAUUUGCUAAUCUAUUAAAACAUCAAUUUCCAAGCAUAGUUACUGCUUAGAUCAGCGAAUGAAAUCGUGUGAUUUGACUUAUAUUUUCGUGAAAUCAUGAAAUUAUCUGGUACAAAACAUAUGAAUUUGAAAGACAUCCCAACUCGAGAUGGUACUACUAGUAGUGUACAAGAUGACUCAAAUGAUUUGAGCAAAUCUUCUGGUAAGAGGCUGAAAUUUGCACGUGUUUUUCUUUGGAAAAACUUUGAAAAUCAGACACUUUGUUACCAGGGGGGUUCACAUAUUAAAUUUGUGAGGGUAUGGGGUUGACUGUGUCGUCUCCCUCCAUUUCGAUCCAUGGGAACAAAUUGUGGGCUUUAUGGCUAUUAUAUACUCUAAAGCCUGCAACACAUGAGAGAAACUUGCCCAGCCAUGUACUUUCCCUGCACAUGUUGGGAAAACUACUCAAACAGCAAUGUACGUCAUUGAUAAGAUUGUUUGCAUUCCCCUCCAUUAUUGCCAUUUUGACAAAUGCUGUGGUUAUAGGUCUGACACCUGGUCUGACACGCUGUGGUUAUAGGUCUGUCUUCUUGCUUCACAGCUAAAGAUCCGACAACACUUUAAAAGCUAACACUAAACCCCAACUCUAACCCUGAAAACUAACCCUAACCUAACCCCCUAACCUAACCUAACCUAACCUAACCCAAAAGGGUAAAAAACACGAAGAAAAAAAAGUAUAGAGUUUAAUGAUUAUGGAAAUGUCGGACCUAUAACCACUUCCUUUGACAAAAGACGUGCAAAGAUACUAUGGGUUCUCAUUGGCUAGUUAAUUCAAGCAGCUUAGCACUAAGCUCACAUGUAACAUCCUCAGAUGUUAAGAUUUUUUCCUCACAAGGUGAAAAAUAUCAAACACAAUAGAUAUUUUAGGCCUUGAGAGGUUAAAUCCCACGAAAACUAUCUGCACACGAGAGAAUCAUGCUGAGCUAGCUGCCAAAUUAGAUGGUUAGCUCAGAAAAUUUCUCUUGUGUGCGCCAGGCUAAUGUUAAUUGAUAAAAAGCAUGUCCAUCACGACAAACUAUAUGCAUGCAAAUUUAUCUCCACAGAGAAACUAUGCCUGAUAUUUUAUAUUAACCAAUGAAAACAUCUGUCUGUUUGUUGCAUUUAAACACAUGGACAAGCAGAUUAUGAAUUCAAACAAUUUCAAGAAAAAAUAUAUUUACCAUGGAGUUCACCCACGCAGUAGUCAUGUAAAUUAAUUUCACAGCAAGCAAACUAAGAACAUUAUUAGAAAAAAGAAAAUUGUCAACGAACAAAUUACAAGAAGUUAGAUCAAAUGAUGACAUGAACAUGGUAUCAGUAGAAGAUAUGGCUGACUUAUUGUAUGAAAGUGAUGUUUUGACAAAACGUUUGGAAGAGCAAAUUGUGUUUUACCAGGUAACGAUUAUAUUAUUUAACCCAGUCAUAUAGCUGCAGUACACCAAACUUUGUUAACUUAAUUAGUCUGUCUAAUGCCAGACAAAUUGUUUUGUCAAGAGAGUGCACUUGUGAAAAUGUUGUUAAUUAUGGAUGACCCCUUCACUUAUAGCAGCUCAUUUGUGUCUCAUUUUCUUAGCAAUAAUUUUCAACCUUGUUUUUAGGACUCACUGGCUGGUUUAAGACUUCGAACUGAACAAGUGGUUUCUGAAAAUGAAAUGCUAUAUGAAAGGUUAAAUGAAAGUUCUUUCCCUGCAGAUGCUCCUGCAAGAAAUAACUCUACAGUAAAAGUAAAUAUUAGACUUUCAUAAUGAAUAGUUCUGCUUGUUAGUAACAUUUGGAAACAUCAUUACUAUAUACAGUACCAGUAUCUAAAGAACUGCAAAAAUUUUAAACAAAUCUUGAGACAGAUUGCCUUACUUAACUUUUCUAAUAUACUUAUUGUUGUAGUUUAGUCAAAAUGAAGACAGAAAAUAUCUUUAUCAACUCGAAAAUGAACUGGUACUGUUAUGUUAAUAUACAACUAGUGCUGAGUAUUACACUGUUAAUUAAGUGAAUGGGAUUUGCUUAUCAAGUACUGCUUCUCAAUGGGUUAAUGAAAGUUUGAGUAAAAUUGAUAUGAAUUAAAUAUAAAUUCUGAAUAGCUUCAUCUCUUUUUCAGGAUGAAGUUAAGAGGCUUAAUCAAGACAAAACAAACCGUUUAGAAACAAUUAUCAAAUCUACAAGGUACCAGUGCAGUUCAGUACAUUUAAUGUACAAAAGGCAAUCCUUGUGCUUCAAAAUGCGUCUAUUGUUUGUACAUAUUAUUAUUAUUUGUUUAUAUUACUUUUUAGAAAAGAACUUGACAUGUACAGAGAACGAGUGUCAAAACUUCAGUCUCAACUAAGGUAAAUUUUUGAAAAAUGCAAAGUAAGGAUUCUUAAAUUACAUUUAAGUUUCAAGAUGGUACUGUAGACUGUACAAUAUGUGCAUGUGUGGUAAAUCAAUUUCUUUCCUUUCAGAGCAAUGGACAACAAAAGUGAACAGGUCUGUGUUGUUUGUGAAUGACAUCAUUACUUUGUUUUAUCUUCUGGUUUGCUUUUCUGAGAAGUCUAAACUCUAAAGGAAACAUUAUGGUGUUUUUUCAGAAACAUGACAAUGUCUGUAUAAAAUGUGGUGGCCUCAGUUAUUUCUCCUCAAAACCUUCACUGGCACAAAUAACAACUUUGGAUAAACUGACCAG